AUGGAAAGAAUCCAUUUGGAGGCUCCCUUAGGGAGUACUGUGCUGGAAUUCCACUGCGAGCGUAUAAAGCGAAUAGAGAAUCUCGAGGAACUAACGGAACUCAAAAAACUUGGGAUUGUUUCGAAUCUUGUCGAAAAAAUAGAAAAUCUCGAAGCAAACACACAGCUCGAGACACUUGACCUAUACCAGAACUGUAUUAAGGUAAUCGAGAACAUUGGACACUUACGGGACCUACGCAUUCUGGAUGUCUCAUUCAACCAAAUAGAGCGUAUUGAGAAUAUAGACAAGCUAGUGAACCUCCGAGAACUCUAUCUUACAAGCAAUAAAAUCGCAAAGGUUGAAAAUGUUGCAACACUUGCAAAUUUGGAACUACUGGAACUCGGUUCUAACCGAAUUCGUGACUAUGGCGAGAUCAAGCUGCUUACCGGGCUGACGUCCCUUUGGCUGGGACGUAACAAAAUCACGCACAUGCAAUUACCGCUAUUGCCGAAUCUCACCAAGUUAAGCCUACAAAAUAACAGGAUUAGAGAGUGGGAUGCAUCGAUUGUGGAGAGCUGUCCGCGUAUAUGCGAACUAUACCUCAGUUUCAACAGGCUCGACGAAAUACCAUCAUGGAUCAACGGCAUGGUAAGCAAAUGUUGCAACCACAUAACUAAUGCCUAUCAGAAGUGUCUGAAUAUACUGGAUUUGGGAAGCAAUCGAAUCUCACGGAUAAAUCUAACAGAACCGAACGACUGUAUCGAGGAGUUAUGGCUCAAUGACAAUGCACUGGAAGGUGAAAGCGAUAUUGAAACGUUGCGGCUUUUUAAAAAACUCAAGGUGCUAUACCUGGAGCACAACCCUAUUCAAGCCAAACUUGGGCCUGGAUAUCGGAACCGCAUACUCGAUAUUCUUCCCACGCACAGCAUUGUGCAACGUGUUAUAGAUAAUAUUAAAAAAAAAGCUGCAGAGCACGCUGGCCGGCACGCACGCGCGAAGCUCAGGGAUGGUCGUCUGCCACUAGCUCGACGGCCACCGGCACAAGCCACCACGUCUAGCCCGCGACAAACGGCCUUCCAUAUCGCAAAUCAAGCUAUAGUUAGAAGAAACAGCGGAACUAUCGGUGAUUAUUUUACAAGACUGGUCAACAGCUCACCCAAGCCAAGGGUGCUCAAGAGCAUCCAUCACCCGGUAGCCAUACAUCUAUAUAAACUCGCGCACAGCGCAUCAUACAGGAAGUACCGAAGGCUCAUAUUGCUCACCAGCCCAAAGCUAAUAAGAGAACAUUGCGAGCGCCAUGGCAGUUGCAGUAGGAUUUACACCACCUCACACGAGAACCCACUCCUUAUGGAACCUCGCAUACGUGCUGACAGGGUAUUAGUGUGCUCCGAAAAGCUAUUGCAAAAGAUCGCUGACCUCCACUCCUACAAAAACGGCAUCAUAGCCGAAGUGCCGUAUCCCCAGCCAUCCCAGCAUCUCGGAAAUGCAGCGCUGGUGCUCUGCGUAGCUCCCGGCAGCAGUGCUUCCAGUGACAACGUACCGGCGGCGACGCUGGUGCGUACCGCCCAUGCGCUACAGUGGCAGGCUGUGUGGUUGCUCCGACACGGGGAGCACGACCUCCUAGACCCACGGGCCAUAAGAGCGUCGCAAAACUGCCUUGAUACAAUACCCUAUAUCACGGGAGAUGCCCGUGCAGCACUUGUAUUCGCAAACGAAAAAGGACUGCUCGUUUGCAUUUGCUCCGACGGAGGAUACGCCCUAGAAUCCGAUUAUGCUCAACAGGCAAUCCAACGCCACAGGGGCAUGAUGCUGCUCGUGGGGAAACAGCCUAAGGUACUUCCUUUUGCACCUGCACAUAUUACCGCAGGAACUUGUCGAAGCGGCGAUGAAACUUGA